CUGGUUCCAAAGAGGACCCAACACAACACUACUAGUGUGGUUUUUUCCCUUCAUCGUCUUCCUCUUGAAGGUAUUGAAGUUGUUUUGUUAUGUGUUUGCCAGAGGGAGAGAGAGAGCCAUGGCACUAGAGGCAGUGGUAUUUCCACAAUCACAAGACCCUUUUGGUGGUAGUGGUUACGGAUCAGUGAAUAAUAAGGACUUCUACAACUGCACCUUGUUGGCUGCUACUUCACCCAACUCAUGGGGGGACUAUGAGCAACACAUCAACAUCAACAAAGAAGAAGAACAAGGUGGUGCUUCUAUCUCCACUUUUCAACCAGAGAGUAAUUACCCUUAUGGAAAUUGGACCAGCUCCUCCUCAUCUAUGUUACCCCACUUCAACAAUGAACUUCAAGAAACCACUACUACUGACCCCAGUAACACCUUAGAUAGCUUAAACACUCGUCCCAAGAGGCGCAGAGCCAAAAGCAGAAAGAACAAAGAAGAAAUUGAGAACCAAAGAAUGACUCACAUUGCUGUGGAACGCAAUAGAAGAAAGCAGAUGAAUGAGUAUCUUUCUGUUCUUCGCUCUCUUAUGCCAGACUCUUAUAUCCAAAGGGGUGAUCAAGCUUCUAUAAUUGGAGGUGCUAUUAACUUUGUCAAAGAGCUUGAGCAGAGGAUGCAUUUUCUUGGUGCUCAGAAAGAAGGAGAGGGGAAAUCUGAGGCUGGUGGUGCAACAAACAUGCCCUUUUCUGAGUUCUUCACCUUUCCUCAGUAUUCAACUAGUGGUGGUGGUGGUUGCUCUGAUAAUUCUGCAGCCGUAGGUGAAGACGUGGGUGAGGUUAAGUGUGGCAUUGCUGACAUAGAAGUGACCAUGGUGGAAAGCCAUGCAAAUCUCAAAAUAAGAUCCAAGAAGCGCCCCAAGCAGCUCUUGAAGUUGGUUUCUGGUUUGCAUACCAUGCGCCUCACAAUCUUGCACCUAAAUGUUACUACCACCGGUGAAGUUGUUCUCUACUCUCUUAGUGUUAAGGUAGAAGAUGAUUGCAAGUUGGGAUCAGUUGAUGAUAUAGCUGCAGCUGUGUACCAGAUGCUAGAUAAAAUUCAGCAAGAGGCAAUGUUGAAUUAAGAUCAAACCUUGACCAAAUUUGCCUUGCCCCACUUGGUUUUUAACCUCAUGUCAACACCUUACUUCAUGGUGGAUCAUUGUCUCUCGCUAUUUUUCUCUUUCAAGAUGUACCUAAUUAUUGCAACUUCUGUUCACUUCACCCUUUGUUAAUCUACUGAUGGUGCCUUGAUGUGGGCUCCUUGGAGGAAGUUUUUUGGUUUAUUCCUUCUUGUGUAUGUCUGUGUAGCUCACGAGCUCCUUUUAAUCUCUCUCUAUCUCUCUCUUCUCUUUUUCUCUGGGGUAGGGGGUGGAGAAGGCUGUGUAUUAUAUUGCUCGAGACAUAUUCUAGUGCUUGGUCAAUUUUGCCUACCUAGCUUUGAAAUUGGUAGGUCUUGUCUACCUCAACCAUAAGCCAAAGCCAUUAAUUUGUCAAGCUGAAAUUGAGAACAUCUCAAAAAUAAAAUUGAAUGAAAAUGAGAGCCGAAGAUUUUUGGCAAUUGUCACAUA